AAGUCAAAUCUGUCAAAACAUGUAAUAGAACAUCUUCGCUUCGCAAGGUCCCGAAAUCCGAAUUUAUUGCACAAUAUUAUUGCUGCUUAUCAUUCGUUAAAGUGAUCAUGUAAACGGAGUGUUUUAUUUAUUAAAGUUAAAUUAUAAAAAAAGCCACCAUGGCGUCAAAAAUCGAAUAUGUUCGGAGUAAAAUCGUGAAAACUUAUGAUACAGACGAAAUUAAAAAAUUGAUCAAAGAUGCAAAAGUCGCUCAUUGCAUGCUCACCGAUCCUCCACCAGUUGUUGACGAAGAGAGUGUUCUGAACCGCCUUAGUGCCCUAACACUGGGCAAUGGUUCUGGUAUCAGUUGUUCCUGCUGUGGUGUUGGUCCGUUCACCAGCCGAGCUCAACAAACGGCCCAUUACAAACAUCACUGGCAUACACACAACUUGAAGAGGAAGCUGUUUGGCAAGCAGGCCAUUUCGUUAGGAGAAUAUAAUUCUAGACAAGAUGAUAGCUCAAAUGUCUCUGGGAGUGAAUCUGAAGGAGAGGACAACCCCAACACUCCUGCCACACAGCUGUUCGCGGCCGCCACGCGGCACUGCAAGGCCUUCUAUUCCAACCCUAAGGGGCAGGUGUUCUGCAUCUACCGCUGCCUAUUGCAUCACCGAAAGGAGGAGAUGUCCCUUGACGGCGAGGGUCACGUGUGGUCGCACCGCAUCAAGGAGCUCCUCAGCCCCGCAUACUUCCGCAUAGCAGUCGUCAUGGUCUCCGGCGGCCACUUCGCUGGCUGCAUCUUCGUCGGAGGAAGCGAUUCUGUCCACAAGACCCUCCACUCUUACACCACUCGGCGAAGUCAAGGUCAAUCCCAGUCUUCACGAGAUCAGACUGGCAAUGCUCCGCGUUCAGCUGGAGCGAGUCUGAGGCGGUACAACCAAGAUCAGUUCACUGUGCACGUCCAAAAUAUCCUAGUCGGUUGGAACGACGAGCUUAAGGAAUGCGGGCUCAUUUUCUACCGCGCGGUUGGUGCCGUCAACCAGGCCGCGAUCUUCGGGAAGCCUUCACCUCUAAGGAGGGAAGACCCCAGGGUCCGCCAGCUGCCCUUCCCGACAAGGAAACCUACCUUUAAAGAGGUUAAGAGGGUGUUCCAUACGCUGGCUAGUAUUGAAGUUUAUGAUUCCCUGGAACAUUUCCAAAAGGCUCUGUUAGCGCUCACCGGUGGGAAAAUGCCGGCGAAAACAACCUCUGAUACCAGCAUCGCUGAACAGGCUAGGAAAGUUCAGAAACCACCUCAGAAAACCAUUGAUAGAGCUAAAUCAAGAGAACGCGCUCCACGCGAGCUACCAACACAAGUGACAUCGUCUGAAGACGAAGGUCCUUGCUACAUCGACUCCGAGACGCCAGCCGGCUGGAUCAAGACUUUGUCAGAACAAAGCAGCAAUGGAGUCAUCACCAACUCCAGGAAAGAUCUCCUAAACGACAGCUCCUUAGUCAGUUGUCCUGAAAGUGAAAGUGAGAAGGAAGAUCCAGGGGUAAAAGGUAAAAAGAAGAAGAAGAAAAAUAAAAAGCCAGAAGAAAAGCAGCAGCAGCAGCAGCAACAACAACAACAGCAACAACAACAGCAGCAGCCUCCGGUUGUUAAAAAGGGACCUCAGAAGAUUCCCAAUAGUGUUAAGAAGAUGUGGAAAGCUAUCUUGGCCAAAGACAAAGAAGGUGCAUCCUUAGAGCCUAUCUUGGAAGCGUUCGAGGGCGAUUUGGAAGCCGCCAUCAACACCCAGGACCCCAAUGAUGGAAACACCGCUCUGCAUAAGGCUGCCAUCGCUGAGAAACCCGACGUUGUCACUCAGAUCCUCAACGCCGGCGGGGACCCUUGCAUCCGGAACCACCAGCUGCAGACGCCGUACGCGGCCUCCCCGCACGCCGACACGCGCAUCGCCUUCCGCAUGUUCCAGGCGCAGUUCCCCGACAAAUAUAACUAUGCUAAGUCCCAAAUUCCCGGCCCAAUCACGCUUGAACAAGUGGAACAAGACAAAGAGAAGAAGGCUCAGCAGAAGAGGGCGAAACGACAGCGAGAGAAAGAGAGGCAGUUGGACAAAGCCAAAGCCAACAAGUUCUUAAUGCUCACUGACGCACAAAAGAAAAAGAACGUCGAGAACAGAUGCUUCCUCUGCGGCUCGCAGUUACCUAAGAUACCGUUCGAGUACGACGACUGUAAGUUCUGCCAAAUCCCGUGUCUACACAGCCACAGGAAAGUGCGGCCGCUGAACAUGAGCGUCUAAGUAAUUACUGACCGUGCACGAUUAAUGAUGAAAUGUGAAAACAGAUUUACUAUAAGGUGACAACUACUGGGAACAUUAUUUCAAGAUUUGGAUAGUAAAGUAAAUUCUAUAAAUAAUAAGUUUAUUAAUAUAUUUGAUUGUGUUAUUCAAAUAACACAAAAGACAGAUUCAUUAGAUUUUUACGAAGUUCAAGGGGCCUCGUUUUCUAUUAUUUUUACUUAUUACUGCACUUGCCCAAAUCUGUCAAAAAUUGAGUAAGUAAAUAACACUUUAACUAUGAAUCAAGAAUAGGUGUUUUUUUAUGAUGGGCUUUUAAUUCCUGGAAAUGACAUGAAAACCUUCAACCUUGUGGUAAAAAAACGACUCCCGCACUCAAAAAUGAAAUCCUUGAGUCGCGGGACGUUUCACAAACAUUCAAAUAACAUGCACAAAGGCACCCAGACUCCGCGGAGAUUGAACCCGUACGUCCUUAUCCCUAAAACAAACCUUGAAGGAUAUAUCUUCCGAUGUUUUUUAAUAAUUCCCAGUAUUCGUCACCUGGUAUUUCGGUUUGACAAAGUAUCGCGAUUUGGAUGACGCUGUGACACCAUUUUGUAUUGUGAGUAGACAAAAUAUAAUUCUGUUUUACUCUA